ACUACAAAAAUCCGGAAUCUCGGAGCAGUGAAUUAAGCAGGAACAAAAACACGAAAUGGCAGAAGGAAAGGAGGACCAGAUGGCCGACAAAACACCCCCACCUGAAAUGGAGGUCAAGUCAGAGGCUAAACUCAUCCUCUAUCACUGGACACAGUCCUUCACUUCCCAAAAGGUACGACUGGUGAUUGCUGAAAAGGGGUUGAAAUGUGAAGAGCAUGAUGUAAGCCUUCCAUUGAGUGAACAUAAUGAGCCUUGGUUUAUGCGUUUAAAUGCAUCAGGAGAAGUCCCUGUGCUGAUUCACAAAGAGAAUAUAAUUUGUGAUGCAACUCAGAUUAUUGACUACCUUGAAGAUACUUUUAUGAAUGAAAAGACUCCAAGAUUAAUGCCAGAAGAAGGAAGUAUGUAUUAUCCCAGGGUUCAACACUACAGAGAACUUCUAGAUUCCUUGCCUAUGGAUGCAUAUACACAUGGCUGCAUUUUACAUCCUGAAUUAGCAGUAGACUCCAUGAUUCCUGCAUAUGCCACGACAAGAAUUCGUAGCCAAAUAGGUAAUACUGAAUCUGAAUUAAAGAAACUCGCUGAAGAAAACCCAGAUCUGCAAGAGGCAUAUAUAGCAAAACAGAAACGACUCAAAUCUAAAUUGAUGGAUCAUGAUAACAUAAAGUACUUACAGAAAAUACUAGAUGAAUUGGAAAAAGUUUUGGAUCAGGUUGAAACUGAGUUGCAAAGAAGAAAUGAAGAAACACCAGAAAAUGGACAUCAGCCUUGGCUCUGUGGAGAAUUUUUUAGCUUGGCUGACGUAUCCCUUGCUGUAACACUCCAUCGGCUGAAGUUCAUUGGACUGGCAAGGAGAAGUUGGGGAAAUGGAAAGCGACCUAACUUGGAAGCCUAUUACGAGCGUGUCUUGAAGAGACAAACAUUUCAUAAGGUUUUGGGACAUGUCAACAACAUACUAAUCUCAGCAGUUCUUCCAACAGCAUUUCGAGUAGCGAAAAAGAGGGCACCCAAAGUUUUUGGCACAACUCUUUUGGCUGGCUUUUUAGCAGGAAUAGCAUAUUUUGCAUUUAUGUGUGCUCGGAAGAGGCUUUCUCACUUGCUAUUAUCAAUAAGAGGAAGGCAGAGUUUUCUGUAGAUGUCUCCUUGCCAGAUUGGGAUCAGAGUACUUUAUACUCCAAAGAGGCUGACUUAAGGCACAAUAGUCCAAAAUAUCGUCUUCUAUUAUUAGGCCUUUUUCUGACUAUAGAAAUACAUUAGUAAUGUAAAGGAAUCUUGCAAAUUGGAGGAAAAAGAACACUGAUUAAUUUCAAACAUCUUGCUUAGCUAUUAUAUGUUCAAUGUGAUUUUAAUUUAAUGUAACAUAUCCAUAAGCCAUUAUGGAUCAUAAACUAUUGUUGGUGGGUUCCCUGUUGUAAAUAAUGCUUCAAUAACCUAUGGGUAAAACAACCCAUGGUUAGCUCAAUGUGUAAAACAGAGUACCUUGUUUGUAGAUCUGUGGAAGCUUAUUUUUGUUCCCUCUUGCUCUAUUUUUUCUUUUUUUAUAAAUAUCUUUAUUAAUUUUCAACAUCAAACUUUAAAAUGCAAAUUAACAGAAAAGGGAAAGGGAGUUAAAUUAAAAUUAAAAGUGACAAAUAUAUAUCAAACAAAUUUGUAACAAAUUCUUUUGGUACAGCGAUAAUAACAAUACAAUCACCUCUUUCUUAGUUUAAACAAAUAGCACCAAUAUACAAAACACCUUAGAAUACUAAUAAUCAACAUACUAAAAUCCCCAAUAUGCAUAAAUAUUCUUCUCUAAGAAUAGUAAAUUAUUAAAUACAAAUCUCUAUGUUUAAAAAGCUGCAAUAUUUCUCUAGUCAAAUCCAGUCUAAUCUUCAGAUCUCAAAGUGAAAAACUGAUUUUUUUCUCCUUAUCUUAUAAGAAAUCUAACAAUGGUCUCCAAGUCAAAAGAAAUUUGGUCAAAUCAUGCUGCCUUUGUUUACGCACAGAAGCAUUUAGAUGCAAAACAAGGCUGGUCCUCUGAGCAGGAUGGAAUGAAGGAUGCAGAAUUGUGGGUUAAAGCUGGAUUUAUCCAAAAUUGGAUAAAUGGAGUUUUCUUAAAUUUAAUGCUGUGCAGAGCUCUUCACAUAGUUUUGAUCAACUUCCUCCCCAUCACAUCACUCUGCAUAUUAUCUCAUUAUAUUAAGGUGAGUCCCCAACCCUUCAUUUUUCCUAAAUGUUAGUAUUUAUUUAUUUAUUUACAUUUAUAUGCUGCCCAUCUUACUAAUAAGCCAACUCUAGAUGAAUUACAAAUGAUAAAAAAGAUAAAUAUAGAAACAAUUACAAUUUAGAAAGUUACAAAAAGUUAUGUCAUUUGAUAAUUAUGCAUUUAUAAAAGUCAUAAUUAUAAGUUAAUUAUAUCUUACCAGUGAAUUUGUUUGGGUCUCUGUAAACAUUGUAAGUUUAUACUUGUUAUUUUAAUAGAUUAUUGUACUGUGAUUGGCUCAUAAGGCAGUUCAUUAAAUUUUGGCUGACACAGUGGCACAUGCUUCAAUUACAGGCUUAAAAAAGUAUGACUAGAUAGAUAUUUGAUACAUACCAGGUAGGACUCCAAGGCACAUUUUAAAAGUUAUGCCUAUCAGGCUCUCUUGAAUGUUUGUGUGAUUUGGAAAUGUUUAUGCCCUUGCACAUUAAUGAUCUGUAAUUUAUUCAUUUAUAAGCAGUCCUCAUUUUACACUGGAUUUUGUGCAGAUAAUAUAGAGGUAACUGCUUUUUUCUUAAUGUAAAAAUAUGUUUCGUUCUAGUAUAUUAAUGCAGUCUAUGAUGUACUUCAAAAAAAUCUGUUCCACAAAUACAGCUUGUUCAGAU